GACUGUCUGGCCGGGACCAGCCAGUGGAGCUGCUCAGCCCUGCCCGCGUGAACCACAUGCCCAGCACAGUGGACGUGGCGGCCCCGCUGCCCCUGCAGGUGGCCCCCGCGGCCGUGCCCAUGGACCUGCGCCUGGACCCGCAGUUCCCGCUGGCCGUGGGGGAGCCGGCCCUGCGGGAGCAGCAGCUGCAGCAGGAGCUCCUGGCGCUGAAGCAGAAGCAGCAGAUCCAGCGGCAGAUCCUCAUCGCCGAGUUCCAGCGGCAGCACGAGCAGCUGUCCCGGCAGCACGAGGCGCAGCUGCACGAGCACAUCAAGCAGCAGCAGGAGAUGCUGGCCCUGAAGCACCAACAGGAGCUGCUGGAGCAUCAGCGCAAGCUGGAGAGACACCGCCAGGAGCAGGAGCUGGAGAAGCAGCACCGUGAGCAGAAGCUGCAGCAGCUGAAGAACAAGGAGAAGGGCAAGGAGAGUGCAGUGGCCAGUACGGAGGUAAAGAUGAAGCUGCAGGAGUUCGUCCUCAACAAGAAGAAGGCGCUGGCCCACCGCAGCCUCAACCACUGCAUCUCCAGUGACCCGCGCUACUGGUACGGGAAGACACAGCACAGCUCCCUGGAUCAGAGCUCCCCACCGCAGAGCGGGGUGUCAGCCUCCUACAACCACCCGGUUCUAGGCAUGUACGACGCCAAAGAUGACUUCCCCCUGAGGAAGACGGCGUCUGAGCCCAACCUGAAGUUACGGUCGCGGCUGAAGCAGAAGGUGGCCGAGCGGAGGAGCAGCCCCCUUCUGCGCAGGAAGGAUGGGCCUGUGAUCACUGCCCUCAAGAAGCGUCCGCUGGACGUCACGGACUCUGCGUGCAGCAGCGCCCCCGGCUCCGGGCCCAGUUCACCCAACAACAGCUCCAGCAACGUGAGCUCAGAGAACGGCAUCGCUCCCGCGGUCCCCAGCGUCCCGGCGGAGACCACCCUGGCACACAGGCUUGUGACCCGUGAGGGGUCAGUGACGCACCUCCCCCUGUACACAUCGCCCUCCCUACCCAACAUCACACUGGGUCUCCCUGCCACUGGCCCGUCUGCUGGGGCAGCCAGCCAGCAGGAUGCGGAGCGCCUGGCUCUCCCAGCCCUCCAGCAGCGUAUCCCCCUUUUCCCCGGCACCCACCUUGGUCCCUAUCUGAGCGCCGCACCCCUGGAGCGGGACAGCGGGGCAGCCCACAACCCCCUCCUGCAGCACCUGGUCCUCCUGGAGCAGACACCGGCACAGACGCCCCUGGUCACAGGCCUGAGUGCUCUGCCCCUCCACGCCCAGCCCCUGGUGGCCGACCGCGUGUCCCCAUCGGUUCACAAGCUGCGACAGCACCGCCCACUGGGCCGCACGCAGUCGGCGCCGCUGCCCCAGAAUGCACAGGCCCUGCAGCACCUGGUCAUCCAGCAGCAGCACCAGCAGUUCCUGGAGAAGCACAAACAGCAGUUCCAGCAGCAGUUGCACGUGGGCAAGAUCAUCUCCAAGUCAAGCGAGCCAGCCCGGCAGCCUGAGAGCCACCCCGAGGAGACCGAGGAGGAGCUGCGGGAGCACCAGGCACUGCUAGAAGAGCCCUUCCUGGACCGGCUGCCCGGCCACCAGGGGACACAUACACUGGCCAGCGUGCAGGUGAAGCAGGAACCUGCCGAGAGUGACGGGGAGGACGCAGAACCCCCGCGGGAGGCAGAAGUGGGCCAGCGCCAGGCCUCGGAUCAGGAGCUGCUCUUCAGACAGCAAGCCCUCCUCCUAGAGCAGCAGCGGAUCCACCAGCUGAGGAACUACCAGGCGUCCAUGGAGGCAGCUGGCAUCCCCGUGUCCUUCGGCAGCCACCGGCCCCUGUCGCGGGCACAGUCCUCCCCAGCCUCUGCCACCUUCCCCAUGUCUGUGCAGGAGCCCCCCACCAAGCCACGCUUCACCACAGGCCUCGUGUAUGACACGCUGAUGCUGAAGCACCAGUGCACCUGCGGGAACACCAACAGCCACCCUGAGCACGCCGGCCGCAUCCAGAGCAUCUGGUCCCGCCUGCAGGAGACGGGCCUCCGGGGCAAGUGUGAGUGCAUUCGCGGACGCAAGGCCACACUGGAGGAGCUGCAGACAGUCCACUCGGAGGCCCACGCGUUGCUCUACGGCACCAACCCCCUCAACCGGCAGAAACUGGACAGUAAGAAACUUCUAGGCUCUCUCACGUCAGUCUUCGUGCGGCUCCCGUGUGGCGGUGUUGGGGUGGACAGCGACACUAUAUGGAAUGAAGUGCACUCCUCGGGGGCUGCCCGCCUGGCUGUGGGCUGUGUGGUGGAGCUGGUCUUCAAGGUGGCCACAGGCGAGCUGAAGAAUGGCUUUGCUGUGGUCCGCCCCCCAGGACACCACGCGGAGGAGAGCACACCCAUGGGCUUCUGCUACUUCAACUCAGUGGCCGUGGCAGCCAAGCUCCUGCAGCAGAGACUGAAUGUCAGCAAGAUCCUCAUCGUGGACUGGGACGUGCACCACGGGAACGGGACACAGCAGGCCUUCUACAGCGACCCCAGCGUGCUCUACAUCUCCCUGCACCGCUAUGAUGAUGGGAACUUCUUCCCGGGCAGCGGGGCCCCAGACGAGGUGGGCACAGGCCCCGGCGUGGGCUUCAACGUGAACAUGGCCUUUGCCGGCGGCCUCGACCCGCCCAUGGGUGACACCGAGUACCUGGCCGCAUUCAGGACAGUGGUCAUGCCCAUCGCUAACGAGUUUGCUCCAGAUGUGGUCCUGGUGUCCUCGGGCUUCGAUGCAGUAGAAGGCCACCCCACGCCGCUUGGGGGCUACAACCUCUCUGCCAAAUGCUUCGGGUACCUGACGAAGCAGCUGAUGGGGCUGGCUGGAGGCCGCCUCGUGCUAGCCCUCGAAGGUGGCCACGACCUCACAGCCAUUUGUGACGCCUCAGAAGCCUGCGUCUCCGCCCUGCUGGGAAACGAGCUUGACCCCCUCCCAGAGAAGACGCUGCAGCAGCGGCCCAAUGCCAACGCCGUCCGGUCCAUGGAGAAGGUCAUCGAGAUCCACAGCAAGUACUGGCGCUCCCUGCAGCGUGCCGCGUCCACUGUGGGCUACUCGCUGGUGGAGGCCCAGAAGUGCGAGAACGAGGAGGCCGAGACGGUCAGCGCCAUGGCCUCGCUGUCCGUGGGUGUCAAGCCUGCUGAGAAGAGACCCGAGGAGGAGCCCAUGGAGGAGGAACCGCCCCUGUAG